AUGUCAAUUAAACCGAUUAAAAAACUUUUAAUUGCUAAUCGUGGAGAAAUAGCUUGUAGGAUUUUGCAAACAUGUAAAAAAAUGGGAAUAGCCACGGUUGCAGUAUAUUCUGAUAUUGAACAAAAUGCGCCUUUUGUAAAGUUGGCAGAUGAAGCAAUUCAUAUAGGGCCGCCCUCUGCAGCCGAUUCAUAUCUUAGGGGCGACAAAAUUAUCGAAGCCGCCAAGCGAGUUGGCGUUGAUGCCAUCCAUCCGGGAUAUGGAUUCUUAUCCGAAAACGCAGAAUUCGCCAGAGAAGUUAUCAACUCUGGAAUUAUAUUUAUUGGCCCUACGUCAGAAUCAAUUUUAGCGAUUGGAGAUAAGAUUGAGGCUAAAAAUUUACUCGCAAAACACUUGCCAUCUGUGCAUUUGAUACCUGGUUAUAAUGGUGAUAGUCAGAAUAUGGAUGUUUUUAUUAGUGAAUCCAGGAAAAUUG